AUGGCUGCCUCAACAACACCAAAGCCCAAGCCGGCAGUGCCCAUCACUCUCUCCACAGAGGCAAUCGACGAUCUCAUUUAUGAUGCCCGAGCAGGAGACCUCGAGGCACUCACUGCAGACAUUGCCAACCUAGCUUCCCAGCACAGCUGCGCCGAAGCGCAGAUCGUGGCUUCGGCCAUUGACAUGGAAGACGAGAGCGAGGGCGGCACGGGGUCCUGCGUGCUGCACUUUCCAGCAGCGAAUGGAAACAUUGAAAUCCUCAACACCCUCCUCCAAAAGCUCUCCAGCACAGACACCGCCCAGCGCACAGCAUUCGUCAACCACCGCAACCAUUCCGGCAACACGCCCCUGCACUGGGCAGCGCUGAACACGCAUCUGGAAUGCGUCAAGGCGCUCGUCGAGGCCGGCGCCGACAUCGCCAUCAAGAACGAUGCCGGCCACGACGCCGUGUUUCUGGCGGAGCGCACGGCGUGGGAUGCGUCUGCCGAGGAGAACGGGAACGGGGCCGGUAAUGAGAAUGGCCAGACGCAAGAAAUCGAGAUGACACUCGGCGAGGACCAGGGCGAGGGCGAGGGUUCGAACCAGCCGGUGGCGGAGGGCGCGGGCGAGAUGUCUGCGGGCAGACAGGUUGUCGAGUGGCUUUUGGGGUCGGAGAAGGCUGCUGCGUUGGAGAGUGGUGCGACGGAGGGGGGCGAGGGGCAGGCAUGA